AGGCGCUGUUUUUACCGAAUUGGAUUCGCAGGAAAAUAGUUUGAAGAUCUCGCGAGAUCGAGAGAACUAGGAGAGCCAGAUUUAGAGCUUUCGCGAUAGAUAACAGCAACAUUUCAGCUGGUUGGGGGGAAAUGGGGGUAUGUGACUAUCGCGAGACCUGAAGGUACCGCGCCGCCGCUGCCAGGAAGAAGAAAGAACCGGAAGUCCUUCAUCUUGAGCGUUUAAUGCUGGAAGAGGCCUGACUUUCUUUACCGGAAACCCUUUUCCAUGGACUAGGAAGACAGCCCACCUGGCCGGAAGUCCCACCCCCUUCAGCUCCCCCCCCCCUUACAGAAGUUUUUCUGUCACCUGUGUUUGCCUUUCUGUCACCUUUCCCCGUUUUAUCCCUGUAACAGAAAAGGGCACAUUUAGUGUCUCCCUCCUACCUCCACUAACGGGGUGGCUAUAUCACUCCCCUAAAUGGGGUGCCUUCCCCGCGCCCCCAUGUAGUUGGGAAGUGAGACCUGGGGGUGGUCGGACCCCUGGGAUCCUGAAGGAGGGGCAGAGAGGGCGCAGAACACCUCUUCUGCUCCUGCUACGAGGACGUGGCUCCUCAGCUUCUCCCUCCCGCUGCCAUGCACCCUGCGGCCUUCCCGCUUCCUGUGGUGGUGGCCGCUGUGCUGUGGGGAGUGGCCCCUAUCCAGGGGCUUAUUCGAGCGACCUCGGACCACAAUGCCAGCAUGGACUUUGCAGACCUCCCAGCACUCUUUGGGGCUGCCUUGAGCCAGGAGGGACUUCAGGGCUUCCUUGUGGAGGCUCACCCAGCCAAUGCCUGUAGCCCCAUUGUCCCACCACCCCCAGCCCUGGUCAACGGGUCAGUCUUUAUUGCACUGCUUCGAAGAUUCGACUGCAACUUUGACCUCAAGGUCCUCAAUGCUCAGAAGGCUGGGUAUAGUGCAGCUGUGGUACACAAUGUGAAUUCCAAUGAACUUCUCAACAUGGUGUGGAACAGUGAGGAAAUCCAGCAGCAGAUCUGGAUCCCGUCUGUGUUUAUUGGGGAGACAAGCUCCGAGUACCUGCGUGCCCUCUUUGUCUACGAGAAGGGGGCUCGGGUGCUUCUGGUCCCAGACAGUAGCUUCCCCUUGGGCUAUUACCUCAUCCCUUUCACAGGGAUUGUGGGACUGCUGGUUUUGGCCAUGGGAACAGUGAUGAUAGUUCGUUGUAUCCAGCACCGGAAACGACUCCAACGGAAUCGACUGACCAAAGAGCAACUGAAACAGAUCCCUACACAUGACUAUCAGAAGGGAGACCAGUAUGAUGUCUGUGCCAUCUGCCUGGAUGAAUAUGAAGAUGGAGACAAGCUGAGGGUACUCCCCUGUGCUCAUGCCUAUCACAGCCGCUGUGUGGACCCCUGGCUCACUCAGACCCGGAAGACCUGCCCCAUCUGCAAGCAGCCCGUUCAUCGGGGUCCUGGGGAUGAGGAGGAAGAAACACAGGGGCAAGAGGGUGAUGAGGAAGGGGGACCAAGGGACCACCCUGCCUCAGAGCGGACCCCACUUUUGGGCUCCAGACCCACAUUUUCCACUUCCUUUGGCUCCCUUGCCCCAGCUCCCAUGUUUCCUGGGUCUUCAACAGAGCCCUCACCCUCUCCUCCUUCAGCUGCCAUCCUGGUCUGACACUCCCCAUACACCCCCUACCCACAUACCUCUGAUGACCUACUGCAUAGCACCUUUCUCCCUUCAGUCUUCUAUGCUGAGGGUAAGGGGACAUUUCUGCCCUAGGUUUCUCCUUUACCCAAUCCCAUUCUUUUGAGGGGACUAGAGGUGUAAAGGGACUGGGUCUUCACUUACUGGGUUAAUAAAAUCGAUUUUGUGGACUAA